AUGGCCUACCCAAACUACAACCAGUAUCCUCCACCGGGCCAGCAGCCCCCGCCGCCCGUGCAAACGCAGAACCUGAAUCACCAUCAACAGCAACGCGCCUUCUCACCGCAAAACUACCAGCAGUCACCGACAGCCCUAUCCCCAACUAUGGGAAGCGGCAUUCCUCCGAAUAAGCGUCAGCGUCUGUCCCCGAAUCCGCCCUCACCCGCGCCAUACCAAUCGCCUUUCGGCAUGCCUGGCGCGCCCACGUAUCCUCCUUCUCCGUAUACCGCAUCCCCGCAGACGCCUGGUUAUCACUCAUUGCCUACAUCGCCCGCCGCGAUGCAGCCUCCGCCAUUCCACCAGCCCCAGCCGUACCAGCAUCCGAAUGGACAACAGCCAGCGCCUCAGGGUUCCAUGCCGCCACCCAAGGUUCCAUACAGCAAGACAGCGGACAACUCAGAACUGGAGAAGGCGAAUGCGCGCGAUCUCGAUGUUAACAAUAUCAGCGAUGUUCUUACGGGAUCCGGUAUUGACUUGCGCGCCGAGGAGGACAAUUUGCUACACAAUUACAGGAGCUUCAACUCGCAGGCGUCGGGGUCUACAGCAUCGCCACAUGCUAGCUUCAACAACUGGAGCCAGCAGUCGGGCCAUGGCGCAUUCCAGGGGACCGGUGCGCUCAGUCAGGAAAUGACCAAGGAGCAGCAAGAAGCCGAGUUCAUCAGGAAGCACGAACAAGCAGCCAGAAUUCUGAACGAAUCCGCCCAGCAGCCGCUCAACGAUCCGUUCCUACAAGCGAGUGUUCUUAGGCAUCGCAUUGCGAAGCGUGGUUAUGAGCACGGCAUUCAGAUAAAUGUAGAUGGUCUGUUUGACAAAAUCCCAGACAAGGGCCAGCAAGAAAUCACACGUACUACGCAAGCUGGUGCUAAUGGCGAACAAAUCGUAGGCUUGGAGGCUGCCAGUCUACUGAACCAGAACGCUCCGCUUGUGGAGAUUCUGACCCUAAUUUCCCUGGCUGCCGAGGAGCGCAUACGUACCGUGGUCGAGGAUUCUUUCGCUCUAUGCCAAGGUCGUCAAAAUACUUCUCAUGGCAUCAUUCCACCCCAGAUGCUUGACGUUGCCGUUGUAGAAGAGAAUGCACAGGAGAAAAUGGCCCCACCACUCAACAUCUUGAAGACGCCGUGGGAGGCUCCGGACAGCGCUGUCAGCCCAAUAACGACAGCCAGCAAGGGCGUUCCCAAUGCGGGACGACUACCAACGCCUCCAAGCGAAGCACCUCCAACCCCACAGCGAACAUACCAAAACGUCAACCACGUAGCCCAGGCGCUCACAAAGCGUGUUCAGGAUGACUACAAGUGGGAGCAGGAGCGACUUCGGAAACGCGCAAAGCGUCAAGCAGGCGCCUCGUCUUCCUCAGCAGAUACGCCAGCUAUCCCCAUACCCAUGCCAGAACCCGUCACAAAGAAAGCUUUGGCGUUCGCCAAGAAGCAGAGUCAGUCAGAUGUUGUCGUGUUUGGCAAAGCCAACGAAACAGCCAGUAUGGCGCUUGGCGGCAAGAAGAAGAAGUACUCGUGGAUGAUUGGUGGAGGUGGCGGUCCAGCAUCAGGUGCAUCGACACCACGGCCGGCUGCUGCAACAGGUGGCAGUGGCACCGCUACACCUGCAGUUCAAGCUCCUGAAAAGGCUCUUCUGGGCCGGAAGCGCAAGUUCGGCGAUGCAAUCGAGCAGAAUGAGACAGGCGCUGGUAUCCAACUUCGUGAUCUAAUUCACGUACUAGACAAUGACGGAAAAGAGAAGAAGACGCUCACCGUCAUCCUGGCGCGUCUCAAGAAUACGGAAAAGGACGCUAAGCCUGAGGUCAACAAAUCGUUGCCUCCUGCGGGUGUAAGAGCUUAG